AGAACUAGUCUACUCUGUACUGACAAAGUAGUCCUCUUCAUGUCUAAUUAUUCAAAUUUUUGUUUUUGGACAGGAAUAUUCUAGAUGUCCAAUCGCUAUUAUGAAUCGCCAAACCAAAGUAUUCUUACUUCUCCAUUGUUUUUAUCAAACCCAGCAUCAAAUUCUAAAUCAAGAAAAAGUAAGUGGACCUAACCCAUUGAAUGACGACUAUAUCGGCUAUUCUGAUAUUAAAAUUCGAUAUAGAUGAAAUUGUACAAGCGGAUUUUUUUAUUUCCUUAGACCACGCAAGUCAGGAAUUUGUCGAUAUUUCCGAUUUAAUGAAUCUUCUUCUUACUGAAUGCUCCAUGGGAAUAAAUCGAUAUUCUUUUCCGCUACAUAUAAAAGUUUAUUUCGAAAAUAUAUUUUUCAAUAUCUUUCCUUGAUUUCAGAAUCAGAUAUUGUUUUGUUCUUCCGCCAAUGCAAUAGAGAACGAAUGCGAGAAAGGGACUUUACUUUCAUUUCCAGUCUACCAUUAUUUAAAUAUUUAAUCUAGUUUAGGGGCAGGAAAAAACAGUGAAUUUUCUUUUUUUUGUUUGUUUGACCCGUUAAAAGAUAUACUCUGUAACUGUAAUAUGAGUCAUAGGACAAUUCCGGGUUCAAAUACUUAAUUUAUUUUAUAUAGUAUAAGUUAUAAGAUAAGUAUAAGAUAAGGUAUAAAGACUAAUCGAAUCGAGCUCGUGGAUUUAUUUACUUAGAUUGGUUUGUGGCCCAAUAGAAAAGAAGAAUUUGUAUCUUCGAAACCCAUUGUAAGGGGCAUGGAACGAGAAAUCGUCCACAGAUAAUCGAACUAUCGUAUGCCUUGGAAAUGAUAUGAGGUGUUCGGAAAUGGUUGAAGUAGUUAAAUAGGAGGAUCGCUAUGACUAUAACCCUUGGUAAAUUUACCAAAGAAGAAAAUGAUCUAUUUGAUAUUAUGGAUGAUUGGUUACGGAGGGACCGUUUCGUUUUUGUAGGUUGGUCCGGCCUAUUGCUCUUUCCUUGUGCUUAUUUCGCUUUAGGAGGUUGGUUUACAGGUACAACUUUUGUAACUUCAUGGUAUACCCAUGGAUUGGCGAGUUCCUAUUUGGAAGGUUGCAAUUUCUUAACCGCUGCAGUUUCCACUCCUGCGAAUAGUUUAGCACAUUCUUUGUUGCUACUAUGGGGUCCUGAAGCACAAGGAGAUUUUACUCGUUGGUGUCAAUUAGGCGGUCUGUGGACUUUUGUUGCUCUCCAUGGUGCUUUCGCACUAAUAGGUUUCAUGUUACGUCAAUUCGAACUUGCUCGAUCUGUUCAAUUGCGACCUUAUAAUGCAAUCGCAUUCUCUGCUCCAAUUGCUGUUUUUGUUUCAGUAUUCUUGAUUUAUCCACUGGGUCAAUCUGGUUGGUUCUUUGCACCUAGUUUUGGCGUAGCAGCCAUAUUUCGAUUCAUCCUCUUCUUCCAAGGGUUUCAUAAUUGGACGUUGAACCCAUUUCAUAUGAUGGGAGUUGCCGGAGUAUUAGGCGCUGCUCUGCUAUGCGCUAUUCAUGGUGCUACCGUAGAAAAUACUUUAUUCGAAGAUGGUGACGGUGCAAAUACAUUUCGUGCUUUUAACCCAACUCAAGCCGAAGAGACUUAUUCAAUGGUCACUGCUAACCGUUUUUGGUCCCAAAUCUUUGGGGUUGCUUUUUCCAAUAAACGUUGGUUACAUUUCUUUAUGCUAUUUGUACCCGUAACUGGUUUAUGGAUGAGUGCUAUUGGGGUAGUCGGUCUGGCUCUGAAUCUACGUGCCUAUGACUUCGUUUCCCAAGAAAUCCGUGCAGCGGAAGAUCCUGAAUUUGAGACUUUCUACACCAAAAAUAUUCUCUUAAACGAAGGUAUUCGUGCUUGGAUGGCGGCUCAGGAUCAGCCUCAUGAAAACCUUAUAUUCCCUGAGGAGGUUCUACCACGUGGAAACGCUCUUUAAUGGAACUUUAGCUUUAGCUGGUCGUGACCAAGAACCACCGGUUUCGCUUGGUGGGCCGGGAAUGCCAGA